CAGCUGCUGCUUACACUUGCUUUUGACACGACUGUGUUUACUAGCAAGCCCCUCAAACAGACAAAAUGGUGCACCUGAGCGCUGAGGAGAAGGCUGCGGUCACCGCCCUGUGGGGCAAGGUGAAUGUGGACGAAGUUGGUGGUGAGACCCUGGGCAGGCUGCUGGUUGUCUACCCAUGGACCCAGAGGUUCUUCGAGACCUUUGGUGACCUGUCCUCUGCCUCUGCUGUUAUGGGCAAUGCUAAGGUGAAGACUCAUGGCAAGAAGGUGAUGAAUGCUUUCAGUGAGGGUCUGCAUCACCUGGACAACCUCAAGGGCACCUUUGCCAAGCUCAGUGAGCUGCACUGUGACAAGCUGCACGUGGACCCCGAGAACUUCAAGCUCCUGGGCAACGUGCUGGUUGUUGUGCUGUCCCACCACUUCGGCGGCGAAUUCACUCCUCAGGUGCAGGCUGCCUGGCAGAAGGUGGUGUCUGGUGUGGCCAAUGCCCUGGCUCACAAGUACCACUAAGCUCCCUUCCCUGCUCUCCACCAAUCUGGUGAAAUCAUGAAGCCCCUCGAGCACCUGGCUUCUGGCUAAUAAAAACAUUUAUUUUCAUUGCAA